AUUCUAAUUUGUAAUUUAUUUUAUUUUAUCAUUCGUUUAUUAGCUGCAAUUGGAUUCAAUAAACGAGAUGUAAAACGUUUCACAUUCAAACAGAAAAAGAAACAUUUGAAACACAAAAACAGAAGUAAAAAUUCUAGACACAAACAUGAGUCUGCAGAAGAGGAAUCGAUUAUCAUCCCUCUUCCCUUUCUGGACGAUGAUGUAUUGCCAAAUAGUAUCGCUUUACCAUUUAAGAAAGAUACCUUGCAGUCCAUGUACAGUGAACGAUCGACUUUUGCAUUGGUUAAAUACUACAUAGCUAGCGUGAAGUGCAUUACUGCGAAGUCGAAAGAAAAAACUGAUCUGGAAAAUUUUAAUCAGGAUUUUUACGAUUGGCUGCAGCAAUCCGUUGUACGACAUCUCGAUGAUGAAAAAUGGUAUCCAGCGUUUGGCGGCGUACUGAGGGUAAUAACCUCAUUGGAGGACGCUGGUACGAUACUUUUCCUUAUUUGCAAUUUUCCAAUGUACGACGUUCUUGUAAUUCAUCGUUUUUCCAUGUCAGGUGCGGGUCUCGCGAAAGGAAGAAAAAGCGGUACCUAUCAAGUGAUGCCCAAAUUAGGCUCGUCAUCGACUGCAAUGCCGGAAGAUGUGUCACCUUUGUAUAAAGAGGAGGAAACGGAAGUCACGCUUGGUACGACAGAAUUAAUAUCGAUUGCCGUAGUGAGCGCAUUGUUGGUAUGGUUAUUAGUGGGACUGAGCUUGGUCUGCUACAGAUUCCUCAUAAGAAACUCGGAUGAAUGUAUCCCGUGUGAACCUGAUCCUGCAGUUGCUGUUUUGUACGAAAAUAAAGAUUAUUGUGAACCCGAUACGUGUACAAAAGCGCCUCGUAAAGGAUAUAUAGUGAAGAUAGUGGAUUGUUUAAAAAGCAGAUUUCAUUGCAAAACUCGGGAUCAAUUAGACGAGGAGCGUUGUUUAGCUGCAAUUAGUUAUACUAGUAAAGAUACGAUCGAUGUUAGUAGUAGCAGAAGUUAUCAGAAAAGAAAAAUAACUAAAUCGGUUUCAGCGGCAUUAUCAAGUUACCGAAAGGAACGUGUACCCGUCAGAAAAGUAUAUUAUAGCUCAGAUGGCUCAUUAACUACGGAGAGUGUUUGCAAACAGAGAUAAUAAGAAACUACAAGUUUUCAUUUAUCUUUUAAUAUCUAUACAUUUUUUAGUAUGUAUGAUGUAAUAAAUACUGUCAAUUACAAA